CACCUAUGUUAAACUCUGUUAGAAGCCGGAUGUUGAUGUAUCUCUAAUAUAUAUAUCUCUAAUUGAUAAAAGCAAUCCUUUUAUAGCUACAGAAUGCACCACUCACAAUUACUUAGAUGUUGUUUAUGGUUCAGUGCUGUCACUUAAAAUCACAUCAGAGACUUUAAAGAUGACCAGGAGAAAAACAGCUGAAGUAGUUUAUCUCUGAAGGUUGUGUCAUGUUGUGUUAGGACGACAUCUACAGGCUGUGUUUGGGUUACACACACGUUAUUUCUGUUUAUAUUCACUUUAAAAUGGCCUGGAUACAAGAGACAUUUGUGUUUGUGGUAAAUGCACUUUAUCAGUGACCUCUCAGUUGUUUUCAGUAUCUAAAUAUAUACUUUUCUGCAGAAGUAGUGUCACAGAGUUGAAAGUUACAACACCUGUCAGAAAAAAAAAAAAAAAAAAAAAAUCCGUCAAAAAUCCAGUUUCCCUAGCGUCCAGUUUCAUUUCAGCAAAUUACGUUGAAAAUCAAAAGAUGUCUGGCUGUGUACAUGUUAAAUGUUGUGCAAGUGUUUUCACAACAUACAUAUGUUCACCUGUCUCACAUGUGGAUGAUGAUACAACGGCAGAAAACAGCAGCCAGAACAAAUAUGUUAGUUAUAAUAAUUGUAGGUGAUCUUUGUAUUAGAAGCCAUGUACAUGGUGUAUACUUUACGAUGGCAACUUAUGAUUUGUUUCACUUCCUUCAUAGAUUAGUGAAAUGACCAAAUAAGUCAUCCCACCUUCCUCAAAGUCAUCCUCCAGCAGACAUGGCCCCUGCGAUUCAGAGCGGAGAACAGUGUACAUUUUUACAUGAUAUUGAAACCUUACUUUACAAACGUUGCGUUCUUUUGCUCAUUCAAAUUUGGAUAAUUGUUUAACAACACAUCUUUAAUGUGACAAACUCAGAUCACAUCUUGAUUAUUGCUUUACAUGGACUUUAAGGACAUUCACCCACUGACUGUUGAAAACAAAAUUGAAAAGAAAUGAUGCACAACAUGUUCCCAACAUAGAUGCGGAAAUGAUACAUGAUCAGUUGCCUGCGAUAUUCUGCUUCCUUAACAAGGUCGUGAAAAACAAGUGAAGCAUCACUGUGAUGUCUGGGGAUGUUGUAAAACUACUGUAUGUCGACAGAAAUGUUUCGUCACAUUUUGCCAAUAAAUGUUGAUCCAAUUAGAGCACACUGAUGCAAUGUUACAGAGUAAAAAUCACCUGUCGCAACUGAUGAUGGUCGGACAACUGAAAGAAUUGUGUUUUAAAGUGUUUUAUUGAGUAUUUGAGGCAACACACAUGUCAAAUAUAUUGUAUUAAUUAAAAGUAGGUAACCUGAAGGGUCUUAUUUGUAAAGUUGAUUUUUAAGUCUUAUUCCCAACUCGUAAACUACCGAAGCAUUGGGACGGCUGUCGAUCCGACCACCAACCCAAAAGAAUCAGAAUUUGACGAGCUGGGGAUGAGACACAAAAAUCAACUUUUCUUACAAAAUAUAGGACCUUUUGAUGUGAACAUGUUUCACAGGAUUCAAUGUGCAUUCAUCUGUCUGAAAAGCUUACUUAUUUCAGUUUUUAGUGACUUUAAAAUGUUGUACAAAGCUCAGCCAACACAACAAUAUGUCUGCAACUGAAGAACAGUUUUAUAUUUGAAUGUCAAAAAAUGUACAAGCAGAUGACUGUUUCUGAUGCUUUAAGUGUCAUUAACUUUGCCAGUGCUAGCCACAUUUAUUCUGCUUCCUCUUUCUUCUCUCAGCUGUAGGCUACUAUUUUAACAGCACCCUGUCUGGUCCGACCUUGUAUGCCUUUGUUCACUAUGAGAAGACAUUUCAGGCUGCUCAGUUUAAGAUCUGCAUGUUUGCUGUAAAUGAAAAUAAAGUAGAAAGGUUUGUGUGGAAGCUGCUGACUGGAUCAACAGAGGCUGAACACUGAGGAGACAUGGAGGCUGUGAUUGGACUGUUGCUGAUGCUGCUCGGAGUCUCUCAUGGUGUGGAAACCUCCUGUGAUGGCAGAAUAAAUGGAGCUCAGUGUUAUGGAGCUUUGGGAGGAACUGUGGUCCUCCGGCUGAUGGACAGAGCCUCAGGAAAAAACAAAUACCAGUGGGUCAAAAAUGAAACAAUGUUACUCCAGGGAAGGAAGAAUAGGAUAAUAACUAAUCAGUUAGAAACCAGAUCCUCAUUUACUCCCAGUGAUGGAACAUUUAGGAUCAAUAACCUGAGCAGGACUGAUGGCGGUGAAUAUACUCUAAAAAGCUUUGAUUUGAAAGGACAUCAAUUAGAUCUUCAGAUUCUACAGCUGAACAUUCAAGCUCCUGUGUCCUCUGUCCUGCUGGUCUCUGAGUGUCUGUCCCAGGGAGAGAUGAGGGUGUCCUGCUCCUCUGAGGGAGGGGACAGUCCUCAGUACAGCUGGACUCUGGAUGGACACACACUGACAGACGCUCAGCUCCUCUCUGGAAAUAAAGACAGUAACACCAUCACUCUGAGAGAAGACGUCUCAGGACAACUGGUCUGCUCAGUCAGCAACCACAUCAGUCAGAUUUCUACAUGUGGCUUCAGAUUCACUGACUGCAGCUUAUCCAAAGGGAUGCACGUAUCACAGAGAGUGCUUGUAACCAGCCAAACCCAGUGUACUGAUCCAACAACAGCCCCGACCUCGAUCACAGUAACAGAGGCGUCCACUAUCAGUCCCUGCUCAUCUGUGGUCUGCGAACAGUUGUGGUGGUUCUUAUUUUGAUCGGGAUCGCCGUCUAUUUUGUUUGGAGGAAGAAGAAAUAUGAGAAAGCUGAAGGCUCUGCCGUCCCUGAAGAGAUGGACUAUGAGAACUCUGUUGUGAUGGUUGAAAUGAGAAGUUCUGCAUCUGAACUUUAACUUUCUGAACCAACAUCUCAGUGUCGCCUCUCAGCUGUUGUGAUUGGACACGAGUCUUCAUGGAUGUAAAAACAGAUUAGAGUCAAAAUUAUAAUCUCUUCUUAUUCCUUUCAGAUUCACUUCUCAGCAGCUCACAAACACCUUCCCAUAAUAAGUCUCUGGGUGUUCACUUCAUUUGUGUCACUGUGGAAGCUCUGAUUGAACAAAGGUGAUGUGUUGUAACUCAGGUUCUAUGAUCACAAGUGGAGCCAUUUGACUUUUAUGUUUCAUAUAUGUUUGAUGUUUUUCUUCACAGAGAAAAGUUGAUGUUUAUGGAGAUAAACUGUGUUCACUUUUUAGCUGUAUAUUCUAAAAAUGUUGAUUUGGUAUCUUAAAGAGUAAACUGUCAUUUUAUGAGCAUAUUCACACGUGUGAUUUAAGUGCUUGAGUCUGAAAAUAUUUAAUUAUGUGAAUAACGAUUUAUUGUUUUUUUCUCAUCUUAUCAUGAUUACAAAUAUGUUAAUUCUGUCACUGAGUACUAAUGUAAAUAAUGUCAAAUGUCAGUGUUCUGUAUUCAAAACCUGUCAGUCAGUCAUAAAAGUUCAUGAAAGCUUCCUGUAUGUUGACAUACAGUAUGUUUGAUCAUGAACUGUUCCUUUAAUGACAGCUGAUACCAGAUUCAUCACCAGUAUCAGGUGUGAGGUUUCCCUCUACUGGUUCACAGAGGUUACUGUUGUUGCUUUUAUUGACUGAACAAGUGCAGCAUCUACACACAGUGCAUGGUGGCAUGCGCCUUUAAUAUUGUGUCGAUACGAUGAUGGACUUUGGACCAAGAGGUUCAAUGAUAAAGUCCUUCACAGAGGUAGUGAUCCAGUAAGUCUAUGUGGCGUUUUGGUUUAUAAGAUCUUUAUAAUAAUUAAAGCUGCAUGACCUCAAAGUGAAAAUGGAUGUAAAGCAAAACAAUAGAAACGUUUUUUCUGAUGUUACAUCACACAAUUUCUGAGCAUUCAACUUGAAUUUGUUUCACUAUUUCAAAUUGAUGUUGUGCAAAGCUCAGUGACUGUGUAUAUUUGUCUAACAACUAAACUAAAUGUCUGCGACGGAGAAACGGUUUUAUGUAAGAAUCUUAAACUGGACAGUUCUUGAGUUGUUUCUGAGGCUUUUACGGUCGAUAACUUUGCAAGUACCGACCACAUUAGCUCAGCUUCCUCUUACACCUCCAAAGUGUACUAUUUUAACAACAUCCUGUGUUGUCCAAGUUUCACACCUUA